AUGGCAAUUUAUUCACCUUCAAAUAAUGACGAUGAUAAGGAUGACAUAAAAUCGAACCAAGAGCCACCUCAACAGACUGAACGUUUUUAUGUACGGCCUAGUUUAGGUCUUAAACUAUGGGGCCCACUUGUUCCUGCCUCGGAUAAUCGUACCGGACUUUGGACUUUGGUAGGGAUCCAGACAGCUUUAGGUUUACUUUGUUUCCAUCGAUUUCGCAAAUUAGUAAAUCGUUCUUUGUUAACUGUGGCUAAUAAAGCUAAAAAAGAAGGGGAAAUGUUUAAUACAGUGAAAAAUAUUGCAGAUAUUCCUACUUUAAAUAGAUUCUCAACUACUCAUAAAGUCCUCGUAAUGAACAAUUUACCAUUGGCUCAACAAACUGCCACUAAUGGUGGAACAAGUGGGAAAAGUAAGUUUAGUAUGUUAAGAAAAGUUCUCUAUCUAAUAUCAGGUACCGCUCUACUAUCCCAAUCGAUGUUGGAGUUUUGUCGUUUAAAAGUAUUAAAAUAUGAUCCAUGGUAUGAAGAAGCUCGAACAGCAAGGGAUAAGAAAUUUUUUAAUGAUAUUAUGAAGUUUUAUCACGAGGGAAUCGAUCCAAAUGAAGUGAAAGUUAAAGAUGUCACCAGCGGGAACAUCAUGUCUACUAAUAUUCCAGAAGUGAGACAAAGUGUCGCUUUAAUACGUGCACAAGCAGAAUCUCAAAACCCAAUCAUAAGAUGGUAUGGUCCCAUUGAAUUUAAACCAAUGUCCUUCAGUGACUAUUUAGAUCAAAUGGAAUACUAUUUAGAAAUGAAUGAUCUAUUAUUAAAGAAAAAGCAAUUCAAGAAAAAAUCAUCAUCACCUUCAGAUACAAAUAAUUCAAGUGGUCCUGUAUCUCUAUUGAGUCUAAUAUCACAUACCGAUGAAGAAUAUCAAGAAAUUAAAAAACAAAAUAAGAAGAUCAAUGAUGACGUAUUGAAAAACACAUUUAACGUUACUCGAUCAGAGAAUCAAGAAGUUCAAGAUGCUGAAUCUAAUUCGUCGGGUAACUCUCCACAUGUACCUGAAUAUCAGAGGAGGACUGCUACCUCGGACCUAACAGUUCCAGUUAGAGGUGUAACGUUAGAUCCUAAAUUAACAGAUCCUCAGCAAAUAAACCUGGAAGAGGUUUGGGCCUUAUAUGAUCCAUGGAUGAGCCUAGGCCUUGAUACUUCUCUGAGUAUCAAAUUUAUUCCAACGGUCCUUGAAAGAAGCCCGACAGAUGAAACAUUCUCGAAUGAAACAAUUGAAACGACGGAAGAACCCCCAGUCGAGCCUGAAAAGGAUAUAUAA